UGCCAGUCCACACAAAUAUGACAUAAAUAAAUAAAUAGCUAACCUAUAAAUGAUUAAAUGCUUUUAUUAAAUUAUGUCUAUCGCAGAAAAAAUUAAUUUUGGUAAAUAUGUGUUGUUACACUUCUGUAUCUUACGUUUACUAUCAGUUUGGAUUGUAAAUACUUGGUAUGUUCCGGACGAGUAUUGGCAAUCUACGGAAGUUGCUCACAACUUUGUAUUUGGCUAUGGAUAUUUAACAUGGGAGUGGAAAACUGGAUUACGUAGCUACAUAUAUCCACUUUUUAUAGCGGGCAUUUAUAAAACAUUAGCAUUUCUUCAUUUAGAUUCAGCUUAUUUAUUGGUCAUAUCACCUCGAAUAGCUCAAGCAUUAUUGAGUGCAUAUUCCGAUUAUUGUUUUUACAAAUGGACUGGAGGCAAAAAAUGGGCUGUAUUUUUAAUUACCACACAAUGGUUUUGGUUCUACACAGCUUCACGUACGUUAAUCAACACAUUUGAAACAUCAGUCACUGUUAUUGCAUUGUCUAUAUUUCCAUGGAAGGGAUCCAAAUAUGAGAGUUUGGGAAGUACAACAUUUUUGUGGAUUGUGGCUGUACUUGGUGAAAUCCGCCCUACUGCAGGAAUUCAUUGGUUACCUCUAUGUGCGUAUCAUUUUUAUUUGCAACGUACAAGAUGGAAAUGGUUGAUAUUUCGAUAUAUUUAUAUAGGGAUUACGGUAUUAACAAUAACAACCACAAUCAAUUCAUUAUGCUACGGAAAAUUAACGAUUAGUAUAUGGGAAUUUUUAAAAGCAAAUAUUUUCCAGAAUGUUAGUGGAUUUUAUGGUGUUUUACCAUGGUAUUGGUAUUUUACAGUGGGAUUGCCAACUAUUCUAGGCGUUCAUACUUUACCAUUUGUGUGGUCAUUGUUUAAGCUUCUACAAAAUGGACGAUAUAAAACAAAUGAAUUAGUUUUGAUAAUUACAAUAAUUUUUACAUUAUGCGUUUAUAGUUUCAUACCACAUAAGGAAUUUCGAUUUAUGUUACCCAUUUUACCAAUGUGUCUUUAUAUUUGUGUCGAUUAUUUGGCACCAUGGAGUUCAAAAAUUAAUCGACUUUACGUAUGGCUUGUUGCUGUUACAAUACUAACAUCUAGUUCGGUACCAAUCUAUUAUUUUAGUAGUGUUCAUCAACGAGGUGUUCUAAAUGUUAUGCCUGUUCUACAAAAAAUUGCUUCUAAACGACCAAACGAUACUACUUUCUUAUUCUUAAUGCCAUGCCACUCAACACCUUUAUAUAGUCAUUUACAUGUGAAUGUGCCAGCUCGAAUUUUAACAUGUGAACCUGAUUUUACGAACAGUCCAAACUAUCGUGAUGAAGCUGAUUUAUUUUAUGAGAAUCCUGUUGAAUGGAUAUCAUUAAAUUUUCCUGCAAAAUCUGAUUUACCUUCUCACAUAAUUGCUUUCGAUCAUUUACAUGAUUCGAGUAGUAUAUUUUCAAGGUAUAAAAAAAUACAUUCGGAACAUCAUACAGAUAUUCCUUCAGGAAGAGUAGGGCGUAUGGUGAACGUUUAUCAAUACAUGGACUAUUAACAUAUUUUUGAGAUGCAUUUACGUAACUGAAAUUGUUUUUUUUACACAAUAAUCAGAAAAAGUAUUAUUAGUUAAUGUUUUUGCAAUUUGCGACUCCAAGGAUUUAAAGGUAACACAGUGAUCGAAUUGUCAUAGCCUUAAUAACCUUUCUAGUCAAUUAGUAGAGAAUUUACUUUCAUUUUAUUAUUUUAUUAUUGGACUUGUAAAUUAAGAUUUUAGCACUAUAAUGGCACGAAUGUCGUUACCCAAUCAACUGUUUUAUGUUGACAAUAUUUUGUACUAUUUGCCUAGUAAAGCAUUUUUAUCGAAUUUAUUUGAUUUUUAAUCGAACAAAAAUUUUUUGUAUAAAAAUAUAAUAUAUUUUUUUAACAUCAUAGAAACAAAAUACAAACUAGAAUGAUUAUCUACAGAUCACUAAUUGGUCGAUCACUUAUCAUAAAUUUCGACCCAAUAAAUGUGUUCUUUUUGUACCUUAGUAUAUACACUAUUUACACUGAAUAUAAGUAGAGAGAGAGAAUCGUAUAAUGCUGAAAUGGCAACAUUCUUUUCUACUUUUAGUUACUACUUCGUGUACUACACCGAGUCAAAAAAGUAACAAAAAUUUACACUAAUAUUUGUUUCUGUUCUUUAUUGUUGCAUUCUUUUCAUAUUACACCAAACUGAACUUACUGGUUUAAAAUUUAAAACCACAAAUAUUUUCUCUUAGCUUAUAAAAAAUGUAAGGUAAAAUGUAAGGGGUGGGCUUGAUUUAAAAAAUAUGACGCAUUUUUUUUAGUAUUUCGUUCGUAUGUUUGUAUGUGUCCAUUUUUAUUUCGUGCAUUGCACUUCGAUGCAAAAGAAACGCUAGCGCAGCUAUAACUUCUGCCUUUUCGUUACCAAAUUUUGCCAAUUCCCCCGUUUGAGUUGAAUGUCCUUGUGUAGUCUCCAUACCUAGACCUUGAGAAUCUGAAUGAAUUUUAAUGGCUGUCACACAAUAAAAAAACAUAAGUAAGUGUAAGCCGUAAUUGUAAAUUACCUAGUCAUACCUUAGUAUUUUAUGGUCCCAACCACCUGAUAUAACAUUCGCGUUCCCAACUGUCAAAACGUAAGACAUUUGUUUGGCCAUAAUUAAAAUGAAAAGGUCUAUUGUACCGGAAUAUUGAUACCAAACAAUUAAUAAGUUUGGCAAUAAAUAAUUUUUUGUGGUAGAGUGAUAAUUUUUUUUAUAUUA